GGGGUGCAGUGCAGGCCCAGCUCACUCAACCACAGAGUGUGGAGCCUCCAGCAGAGUUAGCGCCCAAGGUGUCCCCUCCGGUUUUAAGAGCGGCCACCAUCCCCAUUCAAAAGCAAGCCUCCACUCCAGUGGCAAAACCAUACUCUGCUCCGGUCUCUAGGCCAGCCCCUGCCCCAGUGCAAAAGAAAUCCUCUUCCCCUCCACCAAAGCCACCCCCCUCCUGCGAUGGUAAAGAUGACCUCUGCUCAAGUACCAAAGCCUAUCCCUUCCCCAGUGCAAAAGCCUGCCCCAGCCCCAGUUCCAGCUGCUGCCCCUGUCUCAGCCCCAGUCCCAGCUGCUGCCCCUGUCUCAGCCCCCAGUCCCAGCUGCUGCCCCUGUCUCAGUCCCUGCCCCUGUCUCACCCCCAGCCCCAGCCCCAGCUGCUGCCCCUGUCUCAGUCCCUGCCCCAGCUGCUGCCCCUGUCUCAGUCCCUGCCCCUGUCUCACCCCGAGUCCCAGCUGCUGCCCCUGUCUCCCACCCAACCCCUGCCCCCACUACACAGCAGCCCAAGCCCCAGCCUCAGAUGUCUCCAUCACCAGCCCCUCCCCAGGGAAGCCAGCAGAGCUGCCCCCUCUGCCUCCCAAGCCCAAGCCUAUACCUCCUGUACGCCGCAACUCCAAGCCCCUGAUCCAGCCCAAACCCCAGACCCCCUUCCACCCCUUGGCCUGAAGCCCAAUCCUGAUGCUGUGUCUUCAUCCAGAGCGCCAGGCCAGUCCCUGUCCCCAAAGAGGUCCCCUGGGAGGGUGCAGUCCCCUUUCUUGCCCCAGUCUCCAGCUAAAGCUCAGCCACCAACGGUCCUUUCCCCAGACUUUCACCCAGACCCCACCCCUAUUAUGAUGCCCAUGUCCUCCACUGGCACUGCCAUGGCUCCUGAGCCUGCUCCAGAGCCUACUCCAGUCUCAGUUUCAGCCUCAUUCCCAUCCGCAGCCUUAUCCCCAGUCUCAGCCUCAUCCCCAGCUCCAGACUCAGCCUCAUCCCCAGCCCCAGUCUCAGCCCCAGGCUCAGCUUCAUCCCCACUACCAGUCUCAGCCCCCGCCCCAGCCCCAGAAUCAGCUGAAGCUCAGCCUCCGGUUGAAGAACAGCCAGCACCCAAGGGCCAUCCACUGCUGAAUAAGUCCCAGUCCCUGACCAAUGCCUUCAGCGCGUUGGGAGAUGCGUCGUUCUUCCGCUCCAGCUCGACCAGCUCCUCGGCGGGCGGAGAGGAUGAAGCCAAGGCCGAGACCAUCCGGAACAUCCGCAAGUCCUUCGCCAGCCUCUUCUCUGAUUAGUCCUCUCCCACAUGCUCUAGGAUUGGCUGAUGACUUCAUUGACAUAAACGUGACCCAGUCUGAGAUUAACUGUGUGUAACUGUAUAACUCCCAAGUCCCGCCUCCAUCCCCUGCCUCUCUGUGUCUCUGAGGACUCAAUUGGCCAGUUGAGUGUGAUGAUGUCAAAGUGCCAGCUACCUGUAACUACCUGUAGCUAGCUACCUGCGUGAAGCUUGGCCCUCGGUCAGUGUGUGAGGAGGAGGAGAUAUAUAUGACGUUCUAAUGCAUGAAGAUGACGGCUCCAUCAGUAGGUGUUGUGGAGCAGAAUGGAUGUUUGUGUUGAGUUGAUGUUACCCAUUGCCUCUGGAUGUUGUAGCCUUAAUGUGAUGAUGUGUUUUAUUACAGAUUAGUGACUGUGAGUGGUGACCCCUGACUCCUAUAUCGCCAUAUGUACUUCCUGUGUAGUACAGAUAUCUGCAGUACGUUCUUCAUCAUUAACAGUUAUUUAAUAAUAAUACCUCUGUUGUGGCUGUUGACCACUGUCACUCAUACAUACAAGUAUACCUUUCCUUUAUUAAUCAGUCAGACCUCUCCUUUAAGGUGUCAGUCCCCUCCUUUAAUCAGUCAGACCCCUCCUUUAAGGUGUCAGUCCCCUCCUUUAAUCAGUCAGACCUCUCCUUUAAGGUGUCAGUACACUCCUUUAAUCUGUCAGACCCCUCCUUUAAUCUGUCAGACCCCUCCUUUAAUCAGUCAGACCUCUCCUUUAAUCAGUCAGACCUCUCCUUUAAUCAGUCAGACCCCUCCUUUAAUCUGUCAGUCCCCUCCUUUAAUCAGUCAGACCUCUCCUUUAAUCAGUCAGACCUCUCCUUUAAUCAGUCAGACCUCUCCUUUAAUCAGUCAGUCCUCUCCUUUAAUCAGUCAGACCUCUCCUUUAAUCAGUCAGACCUCUCCUUUAAUCAGUCAGACCGCUCCUUUAAUCAGUCAGACCUCUCCUUUAAUCAGUCAGACCUCUCCUUUAAUCAGUCAGACCUCUCCUUUAAUCAGUCAGACCUCUCCUUUAAUCAGUCAGACCUCUCCUUUAAUCAGUCAGACCUCUCCUUUAAUCAGUCAGUCCUCUCCUUUAAUCAGUCAGACCUCUCCUUUAAUCAGUCAGACCUCUCCUUUAAUCAGUCAGACCGCUCCUUUAAUCAGUCAGUCCCCUCCUUUAAUCAGUCAGACCUCUCCUUUAAUCAGUCAGACCUCUCCUUUAAUCAGUCAGACCCCUCCUUUAAUCAAUCAGACCUCUCCUUUAAUCAAUCAGACCUCUCCUUUAAUCAAUCAGACCCCUCCUUUAAUCAGUCAGUCCCCUCCUUUAAUCAGUCAGACCUCUCCUUUAAUCAGUCAGAACUCUCCUUUAACUCAGUCAGAUCUCUAUUUAAUCAGUCAGAACUCUCCUUUAAUCAAUCAGACCUCUCCUUUAACUCAGUCAGAUCUCUAUUUAAUCAGUCAGACCGCUCCUUAAACUCAGUCAGAUCUCUAUUUAAUCAGUCAGACCGCUCCUUUAACUCAGUCAGAUCUCUAUUUAAUCAGUCAGACCGCUCCUUAAACUCGGUUAGACCUCUCCUUUAAGGUGUCAGACCUUCAUUUAAGCUAUCCGACCACUCUCUAAGUGGUCAAGCCAACACCAGAACCGGUCAGUUUCAAUAACGUUUCAGAUCAUCUGUCCUGUAAGCACCUUGGUGUACAGCAGUUCUACCAACCUGUCAGCUUAUAUCAACUUAAAGCCAUCUAACAUGUUAUAUUGUUAAUGCUUUGUAAAUGUUGUAUUGUAUCCCGUUACUGUAUGUGAGUCAUCCAGAAGUUUAUUUUGUGAUAAUGAAUCAUUGAUAAUGUAUUGUAGGUUCCUGUACUGUUUUAUUUGUCCGUAUGCAGUACUGCCUUGCAUGACCAAUAUGACCCAGUGACCCUUGGUACCAUAGUAAUGUUACCUGUACAUAAAUGUCAAUAAAUAAAGAUGUGGUAAAUCGUU